CUUCCUCUUUUCCUCCAGUGUUACCAUGACAGGCCUGAACAUGAGAGAAUGGAGAGAAAAACUCAGGAGGCUUGUGACAGUGGAACCGGUUAUUUUCUUUUACAUGACCAGCACCUUCAUAGUGACACCAGCCUAUCAACAGCUGGUCAUCACUAAGGUUUGCAAUGAGUUGUUUACUGACAGCGAGAUCUGCAAAAACCCAGAGCAUUACACACAGGAUGAGGAGAUCCAGGCUCGUUCCUCCUAUAUCUUGCUUUUCUACACGGCCAUUCUCAGCCUGGUGUCCAUCCCUCCAGCCCUCCUGCUUGGGUCGUGGUCUGACCAGGCAGGCAGGCGUUCUGUUAUGGUGAUGCCAUCGCUCCUCUCCCUUUUGAGUGGUGCUGUCUUCAUCACGCUGGACCUUGUGGAGGACAUGACCGUGUACUGGUGCCUGGCUGCUGCAGCUCUCACUGGUCUCAGUGGUGGUCAUGUCUCUGUCUUUCUCAGCUGCUUCAGCUACCUUGCUGAUGUGACUGCUGGUUCCAGCUCAGCUCGUACACUACGCAUGGCCAUGGCAGAGUCUAUGAUCUUUGUGGGGGGAACAGUGGGCUUCCUGUUGGCGGGGUUCCUGGAGCAGGAGUAUGGUCUACUGUAUGCAUUCGUGGCAUACUGUGCCUGUCAUGUGCUGGCAGUGCUCUACAUCUUGCUCUGGCUACAAGACCCCAGACCUGUCAAACUGAACAGAAGCCCAUCCCUAAAGGCAGAAUCAGAGAAGGGGGCUAUUGAAGAGCCACCCCGAUCCAGGCCUUUCAUACUGCAGUAUGCCAAGCUGUCGUUAAAGGCUGUGUUUAGGAGGAGGCCGGGACAGGAGAGGCUGAAACUGCAUUUUCUCAUUCUCUGCACCUUCAUAAAUAACCUCAUGGCUGUGGGGGAAACGUCUAUCUUACUCCUCUAUUUGAUGUAUGAGCCGAGGGAGUUCACCACAGUACUGUUUGGGGUGUUUAACGCUGUGAGAAUGCUGCUGUUGGGCUUCAGUUUGCUGGGGCUGUUCCCACUUCUGUUGAGAUGCUUCAGUGAGAUGACCCUGGCUAAGCUCAGUGCCCUCACCAGAGCUGCCGCUUACAUCUUACUGGCCUGCUCCACCAACACAUGGAUGGUCUUCCUGGUGGCUGUGGUAGGGGCCCCAGCUGGCAUUACUCAAGCAGUGAUUCGAUCUCUCUCCUCUGCUAUUGUGGAGCUGGAUGAACAAGGAGCAAUGUUCUCUUUCACUGCAUCUGUGGAGGCCACCUGUAUUCUCAUCGCUGGCACUAUGUUUAACGGCCUCUACCCCCUCACCCUGACCACCUUCCCUGGCAUGCCCUUCAUCGUCAUGGCUGGGUUUGCCAUCAUUGUACUCAUCUUCAUGCAGUGGAUCAGUGAGAUGCCAGCUUCCCAACCUCGUCUGGUGCUUUAAGACUGAAUUCUACUUUAUUACUCCAGAGAACAUAGAUGGAAACAAAGAGUUUAAGUAAUAAUAUGAAGUGUUCUAUUUAUUAUAGUAUUCUAUUUUCCGUUUUGUAUUGACACACACACACACACACACACACACACAU